AUGCCGCCGAGAAAGAAGCCAAAGUCAUCAGCUUUGAAACCAAACAAACAAUCUUCAGCAAAUCAGUCUUCACAGCCUUCCAGUGUUGGCAUCCAGCAGUUGUUUCAAAGACAUAUUCAGAACUCUCAAUCAACUUCCAACACUCUUGCCUCUAACCCCGUGGUUUCAACGCCUCAAAAUCCUCUAAGCACUGUUGAUGAGAAGCCUGACGAGUCCAAAGAUGUGGAUCAGCAAGAGCAACUCACGGAGGCGUCUCCUGAGGUCUCCAGAAACGCUAAGCGCUUCAAAUUUUCUCCUGGAAUGCUGAUAAAGCAAAGUCAAGAUGAUGGUGGCGAAGAGAUUACUUGGAAAAUAUCUCCUAUAGAUCAAAGACUUCGCGCAGCUGCUAAGCAGGUUCCUAAGAUGAUGGACUUGACUGAAAAUUCUGUGGGGGUUAAAUCUUCCACCCUUCGCCCAUGCUCUCUGGACAAGGUAGUGCAGAAACAAUGUCCUACAUCAGAUAUAACUUCCAAGGUGGAGCAGUGGUUAUCUUCUCCCUCAAAGAAAGCUUUCAAAAGACCAGCAAAUAGGGUUACGGAAAGGGUGAAUCCUUCCCUAGAUGCGGAGUUUGAGACUGCUAACACUUCUAGUAGUGGAAACAGUCCGUUCAAGACCCCACCGUCGCUUUCUUGCUCACACAACAAGCUUCCUUGUACUGUAACAUGCAGUGCAGCUUGUGGGUCCACGGGCACUGGACAACAUAAAAAGGCCUUGCUUGAACUUCUAGAUCAAGUGGAGGACGUCAUCUCAGUUGAUGACAAGACAGCUGAUGAUGUGGGGACUGUGGUGCCUCAAAUUCGACUUGAAGAUGAUAAAAUCUGUUCCGUUGGUGUCUGCAACUCCGUAGAAGGAGGGGAAAUUGCUCUACUAAAAAGGGAUAAUUCUGUAAAUCCAGAUAGCUAUUUCCUUGUAUUGGAGGUAUCCGAGAAACGUGGCUUGGCUGGCUCAUCUAGAGUUCAGUGUCCUUAUAAGGUUCUUCGCCUGCUAGAUGAGUACACUGGAAAAGAAUGCGCUUUGUAUCUCUGGGAUGAAUGGUUUUACAGCACUGUAUCACCAGGAGAUACAAUCAACGUUAUCGGUGAUUUUGACGGGGAGGGCAAGUGUGAUGUGGACCAUCAAAAUAAUUUCUUAAUUGUUCAUCCUGAUACCCUUGUUGCUGGAACGAAGGUUGCAGCAAGUUUUGGUUGCCCAAGGAGAACCGUGCUAGAUGAGAGGCUAAAAUCCAAUGAACACGCUACAGCAGCCUUGCUUGGAACCUUGCUACACCAAGUUUUUCAGGCAGGUCUAACGCAAGAGUCUCCAUCUGAAGAUGGUUUGCAUGAAUAUGCGAGCAUAGUGAUUAAGAAUAAUAUUGAGAGCUUAUAUGCAUGUGGAGUGCAUGAGCGAGACGUGAAAGUAACCUUACAUGAAGCUAUCCCAAAAAUGUUGAAUUGGAUUCUUCAUUUCAGAGAUUCGAAGGACUCAACUGUAUCAAAUGUUGAUUUUGGGUCUACUAAUGGGAAGCGAAUGGUCAAGAUAUCAGAGGUAAUUGACAUUGAGGAGAUGUCUUGGGCCCCUAAAUAUGGUCUGAAAGGAAUGGUUGAUGCUUCAGUCAGAGUGAUAGUUGGAUCUGACAUGAACACAGCGAAUGAGAAAAUAAUGCCUCUUGAGUUCAAAUCUGGAAAGGCUCCUAAUGGGCAGGCAUCAAUGGAACAUUGUGCACAGGUGAUCUUGUACACGCUCCUUAUGUCUGAGAGGUACCUAAAGCAUAUUGACAAUGGCCUUCUGUAUUAUCUAAAGUCAGAUCAGACACAGGGAAUUUCUGUUCAAAGAUCAGAUUUGGUGGGUCUGAUUAUCCGUCGUAAUGAACUUGCAAAUGACAUCCUCGUGGCAUCAACAACCCAACAACUGCCACCAAUGUUACGGAAUCCAAAUAUGUGUCGUAGCUGUCGCCAUCUGGAUGCCUGCACGAUUUAUCAUAAGGCAGAUGGUGGAAACACGGAGAGUAGCGGACUUGCUGAUCUCUUUGACGCACAUGUAUCUCAUCUUUCAACUUUGCAUUUCAAAUUCAUACGACAUUGGAACAGGCUGAUUGACUUGGAAGCUAGAGAGAUGAAGCUUCCAAGGAAAGACAUUGCACAUCCGCAUGGUUCAAAGGGCGGCGACUCAGCUAGUUAUCUUUCUUCUAUGGUUCUUGACAUGAAAUAUGGGUUUCAGCAUCAUAGCUCUCAUAAAGAUACCAGAUUCAUUUAUCGUUUUGUACGACAAAACUCAUCUGAAUCUAGAGAAAGAGUACCCAACGAAGAUACUAGGACGAGAACCCCUGCAGCUGAUGACUUGGAUUGUAAACUUAAAACAGGAGACCGCGUGAUUCUUCGCACAGAAGUCAGCCACCUAACCGUUGCAAAUGGAAUUAUAGCAGAGAUUAGUCGCACUCAUAUAUCAGUUUCUUUAUCCAAGCGAUUACGCCUUCCUUGGAGCGAACCUUCUUCUGAGGUGUCCAAUCUCUCGAAUGAGUUAUGGCGAAUUUACAAGGAUGAAUACAUGUCAUCAUUUGCGGUUAUGAGGUUCAAUCUCAUGCAGCUUUUCAUACAAAGCAUACAUACCAUUGGCAUCAGGAAAAUGAUUGUAGAUCUUGAGCCUCCUAGAUUUGACAAUGGAUCUAUACUGAGCCAGGAUCCAGCAGUAUCAUAUAUUUGGUCAGAAAAGAGCUUAAAUAAUGAUCAGCGUCAAGCUAUACUAAAGAUACUCACUGCAAAGGAUUACGCGUUGAUCUUAGGAAUGCCUGGAACCGGAAAAACCUCCACAAUGGUCCAUGCUGUGAAAGCUUUGUUGAUCAGAGGCUCAUCUAUUCUGCUAGCAUCUUACACAAACUCUGCAGUUGAUAAUCUACUUAUCAAACUAAAAGCACAGGGAAUUGAGUUUUUACGUAUUGGAAGAGACGAGGCUGUACACGAAGAAGUUCGAGAAAGUUGCUUUUCGGCUAUGGAUAUGUGCAGUGUCGACGACAUCAAAACAAAGUUGGACCAGGUCAAAGUUGUGGCCUCUACUUGUCUGGGAAUCAAUAGUCCAUACCUUGUGAAUAGGCGAUUUGACGUAUGCAUUAUUGAUGAAGCCGGCCAGAUUGCCCUCCCUGUAUCAAUAGGACCUUUACUGUUUGCCUCUACAUUUGUACUUGUUGGUGACCACUAUCAACUACCGCCACUAGUGCAGAGUACAGAGGCUAGAGAAAAUGGGAUGGGGAUAAGCUUGUUUCGUAGGUUAUCAGAAGCUCAUCCUCAGGCAAUUUCAAUGUUACAAAACCAGUACCGAAUGUGUCGAGAAAAAGUUGAUAAUGGUGGGAUCACAAAGAACAUUAUCAAAAGUUCCACUUCUGAUGCUUCUGCUGAAGAAGGUUAA